UUGUAUUCGUGCCACCGUCGUACCGUCACUUCAUUGCUUUCACUUCUUCCAAUUGGCUAAAGUUAGCAUUGCUGCAAAAUAUUUGUGUACGUUCAAGUAAAGUAAAUAAAAAAUAAGACAAAAUGGGUUCAGGAAAGCAGCAAAAAGUGCAAUCUUCAGGCUUCACUAAGGAGGAGGAAUUGUUAUUACAGGAUUUCAGCCGUAAUGUCAGUACCAAGUCUUCAGCAUUAUUCUACGCCAAUGCUUUCAUCGUAUCUGCGAUACCAAUUUGGCUCUUUUGGCGUGUACAUAACAUGGAUUUAUUGUCAAGUGGUAUAUUCUUUGUUUUGUUAACUGGUGCUAGUACCUAUCUAAUGGCUAUGGCAUAUCGCAACAUCAAGUUCCAAAUUAAACACAAAAUUGCCGUCCGCCGUGAAGAUGCUGUAACACGCGAAAUUAAUCGUCAAAUUGGUGACGACAAGAAAGUCACACGCAAGGAGAAGGAUGAGCGUAUUUUGUGGAAGAAGAAUGAAGUAGCUGAUUACGAAGCUACCACAUUCUCGAUUUUCUAUAAUAAUUCACUUUUCUUGGCCAUCAUCAUUUUCAUCAGCUUUUUCCUUUUGAAAAAUUCAUCGCCUUUGGUCAACUACAUUUUCUCAAUUGGCUUGGCCAGUGGUGCUUUGGCGUUGUUUUCCACCAGCACUCAAGCAAAUUAAGUUCUUUUUGUACCGCUUAAUGCAGAUAUGAGAUUUACCACUUAACUUUUUUUUAUUCAAAAAAAAAAAAAAAUAUUUGUAACAAAAUAACAGGCAAAUAUGUAAGUAAAAGAAGCAAUUGGAAGUAUUUUAACUUUCAACGUACGCAACAUUGUGCAUGGAAACUUAACGAUAAGUAAGAAAAAACGAAUAAAAUACGUUAUUAGUAUACAUAAAUA